CAUUUCUCCAAAUUGCGAGAAAAAAACAGAAGUUUUUGGGUGUUAGCUCAUGUUUCUCUGCUUAUAAGCUCUUCUCGUAUGAACUGAACUGGUCCAGGUAGAAUGCAGAGCAGCUUGGAGGUGAUGCAAUCUAAUAAGCUCAAGCUUCGGUUCCAAGCGACGACCAUUGAUAUAUAUAGAGAAGACUGUUUUGCUCAACCAACCAUAUGAAUGAAUGCCGCACUGGACCGCAGCUGCAUUACCGUUCGUCCAUUGGAGGAGUUUGCUAAACCACUGAGGAUUACGGCUCCAGUCGCUGCUGUUAGCUACAUGGAUCAGAGGGUGGGUUGGGGCAAUCCAACAGCCACAAAGUCCAACCUUGAUGCUUCGUUUCUGAGCUGCUCCAGCAUUGAGAUCCAAGCAAUCAUGUCAUAUUCAGAUUCUGAGCUGAUGGAAUCAGGCACAGUGUGGAGUGAUGGUCUUCUUUCUCAACCCUGUGCUGCUUAUUUCCCACUUGUUGGGAGGCCGGAGGAGAAUUUAAUCAAUGAUGAAGAGGUGAUCUCUGCUAUCUUUUCCGGCGGCGGCGGCCGCGACAGCUUUUGCAACUUGAGUUGCAGCGGUGAGUCCGAGAUAAACCAUGGCUGCUCCCUGGACCAGCAUCAGUUCAGCAGAAAUGAGGCGGCCUCUCAGUUCUCCCUCAAUCCUCCUCCAAGAUCGAAUUUUGACGCGAGGAGAAGGUUGGGGGAGCGUUUCCUAGAGAAGGAUAGUCUUCAGGUUGUCGCUUCAAGGAACCGGAAGAGGCCGAGGUCGGAGAAGCACUCGGGGUGUAUGACGAUAAGCUUCGACGGAGAGAGCGGCCGCGAGUCAGACGCCGAGGUGAAGGAGAUGAUCUACCGGGCGGCGGCGCUGCGGCCGGUGAGUCUGGGCGCGGAGGAGGCGGUGGACAGGCCGAAGAGGAAGAACGUGAAGGUAUCGAGCGACCCGCAGACGGUGGCUGCGAGGCACCGGCGUGAGAGGAUCAGCGAGCGGCUGAGGGUGCUGCAGAGGCUGGUGCCCGGGGGAAACAAAUUGGACACCGCAACCAUGCUCGACGAGGCCGCAAACUACCUCAAGUUCCUAAAAUCGCAGGUAAGAGUCCUAGAAACCCUAGGCAAUCCGUCGAACACCGACGGCGCCACUUCCGCAGCCGCCGCCGCCGCCCCCGCUUCGAUGCGGCCCUCUUUUCCACUAUCUCUGAACCACCAGGCUCGCUCUGAACCAAGCUUCCACUUUGCAACGACCUAAUCCAACCAUCCUAAAACCCUAAUUAAUUACAUGAUCGUCUUCACCAUUAGCUUGGGGAUUAGGGCUCAAAUCUUAUCCUCCGUCAAUCUUCCUGAUCAAAAUUCUGCAAUAAAAGUUCAGCUUUUCUAGGCACCAUAGCCACCUUUCCCUCUCCACAAUAAAGCAAUCCUGGCCUUUCUUUCAGAAUUAACAAAACUGUGAAAGAGUUCAGGGCAUGGAAAAAGUUCCAACUCAAUUCGCAAUUCCAGACACACUUUGGAUCUCUCAUUUCCUAUUUCUUCAAAAACUGCGGACUCUCGUACAAUUCAGAAGAGCGAAUUCUGUAGGAACUAGUUCCAAAGCUGAAUUUGAAGGCACAAAGUUCAAAGAUGUUCAAGUUUAAAAAUCGUUGGCAGCCAUCGACAGUAAUUCUCAGGGAUGAAGCCCAAGAUCAUCACUCACUCUGUUACACAACGACCUCUGGGUUGAUUGCAUGUACAUUUCAAGCAAAUGGGAAAUUCUAAUUAAUAUCUGAGAGAAGGAAUGUCAAAUGUGGGCUGCUAGUUAGCUAGCUAGGGACAGACAAUGGUCUUUGUUAGCUCUUGGUAUCUUAUCUCAUCCUAUCUCUAUUCAAAAAAGGUGGCUUUUGUUAUCCGGAUUGGCUUCUUCUGUUUAAUAAUAUGUUGCUGGCUUAUUUAGAUAGUUUUUCUUGUUGCUAUUA